AAUUCCUCUUCCUUAUCUACCUACCGUCCCGCCUUGAAUCUAGCAAACACAGACUUUAUACUCUUUACUCUCACCCGCCACGCUAGAAUCGCAAUAGCAUCAGCAUCAGUACUGAGUGAAGAAACACAUAGGUACUUAUAUUGCCAUUAAAACACCAUGGCUGACGAAAUCUCGUUUCUCCCUUUGGGUGCAAUUAUCCAAUCUUUCAAAGUUGGGGGCAUUGACAUUGUGCAAGGCUUCCCGAGUCAGGAUCUCUACGCUGAGCACAACAGCCCCCAUUUUGGCGCUACUAUCGGCCGGGUCGCAAACCGGAUCUCGGACGCUAAAAUCUCCAUCAACGGGGGCAAAUCUUAUAGCUUCGUUGCUAACAAUGGUCCCAAUACCCUACACGGCGGGAACGUCGGCUGGGGCAAACGAGUUUGGAAGGGGCCAACCCCCGUUGGCGUGCGCAAGGCCGUCCCUGGUAUCGAAGGCGAACUUAAAGGUGGAGAGACUGUAGAGUUUUCGUUGACCAGUGAGGAUAGAGACGAAGGGUUCCCUGGCGAGAUUCUCGUCAAGGUCUUCUACACAGCUGGCAAGAUUACCGAGAAUGGGAAGGAUGUCACUGUCCUGAGUCAAGAAUACGAAGCGGAGCUAGUUGGGGGCGCAGAAGAGACCGUCAUAAACAUGACGAACCACUCGUAUUUCAACCUUUCGGGCAAGCCAACUAUUGAUGGAACGGUAGUCCAACUCAGCACCAAUUCCUAUCUCCCUCUGAACGAAUGGGGAAUCCCCACCGCCGGCCCAACCGCCUACUCCAAAGUCGCCACCACCACGCCCUUUACCCUCGGCACAGAAGAGCCGAAUUUCGACGACUGUUUCAUCGUCGACCCUUCCGCAUCUCCCAGCUCCGUACCAUUAGACACCCGAAGUCUGGCUCUUACCAAACUCGUCUCAGCUCACCACCCGGAGAGCAAGGUCCAUCUGGAGGUUCUCAGCACGGAGCCCGCCUUCCAGUUCUACACUGGAAAGUGGAUCGACGUGCCGGCCGUGGGCGGGGCCCCGGCUCGUGGAUCACGGAGUGGCUUCUGUGUGGAGCCCAGUAGGUUUGUAAAUGCCAUCAAUGUCGAUGAUUGGAGGAGCCAGGUGGUGCUUAAAAAGGGCGAGAAGUAUGGGGCUAGGAUCGUGUAUAAAGCGUGGAAAGAGUAAAUCAGAACCUGGACAUUCCUUCGCAUAAUUGAUGAGCUGAAGUCCAUAUCCGAGUAGGUAGUACGUAGCCACUCACUACCUAGGUAUAUAGUACUAGG